GAGCAGAAGAAGGGGGUGUGUAGUGUGUCUCGGGAAAGGCCUUAAACGGAGUAUGCGUUAAGAGAGAGAAAACGAACAACUGAUCUUCUCUGUCGUAACUGUCUUCUCUACUCACAGAUCUUGCAAACCAAAAACCCCUUUCUCUUCUCUUAAAGAUUCUUUUCUCUUUCUUUCUUCUUUUUCUUUCCUUUUCCCUUUGUUUCCCGGGAAAAUUUUCAACUCUCACCUCUUCUUCGUUUCCCGAUCUUUCUCGCCCUCUCCCACCGCUUCUUCCUCCUCCUUCCGCCAUUUGAACUGAUUUCCAUUUCCGCCUCGUUUGGAUUCUUCACUGUGCGCUUUUCCGGGAAAGUGGGGUUUUCCGGGAAAACGGAGGAUUCUGGGGAUGAUGAUACCGUUGUUGUAGUAGAGGGGAAAAAAUGGACGAUAGAGGUGGUUCCUUCGUCGCCGUUAGGAGGAUUUCGCAGGGUCUUGAUCGAGGCAACACAUGCCAUUCAACUUCUGCUGAGUUUGUGACAGGAUCAACAGCAUGGCUUGGCAGAGGGUUGUCUUGUGUCUGUGCACAGAGAAGAGAAAGUGAUGCCCGACCCUCUUUUGAUUUAACUCCAGCCCAGGAGGAAUGCUUGCAGAGGCUACAGAAUCGUAUAGAUGUUUCAUAUGAUAGUUCUAUCCCUGAGCACCAGGAUGCCCUAAGAGCUUUAUGGAAUGCUGCAUUUCCUGAAGAAGAACUCAGUGGCUUGAUUUCUGAACAGUGGAAGGACAUGGGCUGGCAAGGGAAGGAUCCAUCAACAGAUUUUAGGGGUGGUGGUUUCAUAUCAUUGGAGAAUUUGCUGUUUUUUGCUAGGAAUUUCCCAAAAUCCUUUCAAGAUCUUUUACGGAAGCAGGAAGGAGACCGGUCAGUGUGGGAAUACCCAUUUGCUGUUGCUGGUGUUAACAUAACAUUCAUGCUUAUUCAAAUGCUGGAUCUUGAAGCAGUCAAACCCCGAACACUGGCGGGAGCAACAUUCCUAAAAUUUCUUGCAGAAAAUGAAUCAGCUUUUGAUCUUCUCUAUUGCAUAACAUUCAAGCUGAUGGAUCAUCAAUGGCUUUCUAUGCGUGCAUCAUACAUGGAUUUUAACACAGUAAUGAAAUCUACGCGUCGUCAGCUGGAGAAAGAGCUUCUGCUUGAAGACAUAACAAGGCUAGAAGAUGUACCCUCAUACAAACUUCUCACACGAUAGUUGUCAGUGCUUACUCUGCGACUCUACUAGUUUUAACCAGAAGGUUGAUACUUGAAGUGAUACUACUCUUAUAGAUCCGUUCCAUUCCUUCCAAAUCGGCAUUUAACCUUUUAACAUUUGAGCAAAGACUGAGGUGAGCCUAAGUAUGAUAUCAUCAGGGUUCUGGAGGCAGCAACUAAGCUUUUAAUCUAGUUGGAGGAUGAUAUUGUUGGUGGAUCAAACUGCCAGGGGAGUCUGAAACGUAGGUUUGCUUGGUAGCAAAAAGAUUAGAUUGUAAUGAAUUGUGGUUUUCCUAUAUAUUUCCUGUAUGUCCAUUAAUGGGCAAAUGUUGCUUGCAGUAUUGUACUUCAGGCAGGUGUACUUAAGUUAGUAGAUACUGCCUGGCCUUGUUUGUGGAGGACUAAUAUACUGCAUAUUUGUUGUUUGAGUAAGAUUAGAUGUUUGAAUUGAUGAAUAGUACUUUCACUACUUGGUUUUAUUUUAUGCAUAUUUUUCAAUCUUUUGAG